AUGUCCCCCGCACCCAAGAGCAGCGGCAUUGUCCGCCUACAAAGGUUGGAGGGCGGCUACCUGGAGUUGCCCAUGCACCUUUUCGUGAAAGGCGCCUCGACAGAAAACAUCCGUCGAGUCCCAUCGAUGUGCUGGUUGAUCACGCAUGAACCCUCCCAGACAAAGAUCGUCUUCGACCUUGGCGUGCGUAAAGAUAUUGAGAAUUACCCACCGGCCGUCCACGAGCGACUGAAGACAGUAAUUUUAACAGACGUUCAACAAGAUUCCAUUACCAGUCUUGAGCAAGCGGGAAUAAAUCCGAAGUCCGACGUGGACAGUGUGAUUAUUUCGCAUCUGCACUGGGACCAUAUCGGAGACCCUUCUGGAUUCGGCCCAUGCACUCGCUUUAUAAUCGGCCCUGGAGCAAAGACCUUGAUUGAAGGAAAAGAUGCAUACCCCACAAAUAAGGCGGGCCACUUCGACUCCAAUGCGCUGCCACAUGAUCGCACGGAAGAGCUUCCGCCUUCGUCUGAGGCGUCAUAUUGGACUAGUCUAGAGCCAUUCUCUGCUGUGCAUGACUGGUUUGGUGAUGGGUCAAUGUAUGUGGUUGAUGCUCCUGGUCAUCUACCAGGGCAUCUGAAUCUCCUACUUCAUACGGGUUCGGACAAGUGGGUAUAUCUGGCUGCGGACUCGACACAUGAUCCUUCCAUCUUGAGUGGAUCAGCCGAAACGGCAAUAUACACCGAUCCGCACACGGGUUUAUUUAAAUGUGCCCAUGCGAAUAAGGAGAUGGCGGAUAUUCAUCUUGGCUUGGUGAGAAAACUUAAGGAGCUAUUGCCGGUGGAGGUUAUCUUGGCGCAUGAUCAUUCCUGGUUGGAAGCUAAUCCUGAUCGAUUCAAGAGUUAG